ACCAAGAUGCGCGACGACGACGAGUCAAGCAGCGACGACGAAGACAUGAUCGACGUCGACUUUGAAUGGUUCGACCCCCAACCCGCCGUCGACUUCCACGGUCUCAAAACACUCCUCCGCCAACUCCUCGACGUGGACAACGACCUCUUCAACCUCUCCGCCCUCACCGACCUAAUCCUCUCCCAACCCAUGCUCGGCAGCACCGUAAAAGUCGACGGCAACGAAAGCGACCCCUACGCCUUCCUCACAGUCCUAAACCUCGCCCAACACAAAGACCACCCCGUAAUCCAAGACUUGACAAAAUACCUGUCGCGCAAGGCAACCUCCAUCCCCAGCUUGGAAUCCACAUUGCCGCAAUUAUUGGCCCCAGAGUCAAAGGCAGAGGUCGGUCUCAUCCUCACCGAACGCUUCAUCAACAUGCCCUCGGAAAUCGUCACGCCAAUGUACACAAUGCUGCAAGAAGAAAUCCAAUGGGCGAUCGACGAAAAGGAACCUUACAAUUUCACCCACUACCUCAUCCUCUCAAAAACCUACACCGAAGUCGAGAGCAAGCUGGACGCUCAAGAAAACAGACCGCAAAAGAAGGGCAAGAAACAGCAAGAGGCGCUGACGUUCUAUUUCCACCCCGAGGAUGAGGCUUUGCAGAGGUUCAGUGUGGGAAGUGGAAACUUUGAUCACGACAAGGUGGGUGAGGACGGUGCGUCGGAUGCGAAGAGGGCGUUCCAGGAAGCGGGUAUUAGGCCGCAGGGACAUUUGAUUCUUGUCGAGGCGAGCAAGUUUAACGAUGCUAUCAAGGGUGUUGGUGAAUACCUGUCUGGCAACUAGAAGGC